AUGUAGGAAGUAGGAGAAAUGAUAAUGGUGCCAUUGUUGCAGGAAAGCUACCUCCUUCACAAUAUAGUCCACCCUCACCACCACCUCCACCAGCAACUACUGUUCAGCUAGAAGACAUGUUUUCUACCCACCUGGGUCAUGCCAGCACUUCUCAGACCAGGCUAGAUUCUGAUUCUCCAGUAAUCAUCACUAGCACAGCUGCAGGAUCUGGUGUGGCAUCAACUCAAAAACUGCCCAUGGCGAAAGUAAUAACAUCUGCUCAACAGAAAGCAGGAAGAACAAUCACUGCUCGAAUCACAGGCCGAGCUGACAUGGGACAAAAAGCCAGAAUUAGUGGUAGUUUAGCAGUGAUGGGAGUUGCUCCACCCAUGAGUUCAGUCAUUGUUGAAAAACACCAUCCAGUCACUCAGCAAACCAUAUCCCAAGCCACUGCUGCUAAAUAUCCUCGAACUAUGCUCCUUUCUUCUGGUUCUACCACUGUGAGACCUGCAGGACAAGUUGGGCGAAUGCUUCAGGGCCAAACUCAUGCCAGUGUUCAGUCAAUAAAAGUUGUUGACUGAAUGAAUGUCUUUCUCACCGGUGGGGGUUUUUAUCAAGGUACAAUUUAAACCUCUUCCCAGUCUUUUUAGGUUUGACGUAGCAAUGCCUAAAUCAUGUAUCAUGUUUUUAUCCUUUUCUAAAAAAAUAUAUUUUUAAGUGAAAGUGCUUUUAUAGUAAACAUCUGGAGGGGAGAAAAAAGAACUUGAAAUGUUGUUCUACCUCCAAACUUAUUUUAUUAAGAUAAA